AUGGAAGUAACACUGCACAGUUACGCACCAGGAUCAUUUGGUUUAGUGGUACAUGAGCAGUGUCCUCGACCUGGAACGUCUUCUGGCCAUUUGAAGCGCCAACCAGUCUUCAUAUCAUAUAUUGAAAAAAAUUCUCCUGCCGAAAGAAGUGGAGUGCUGCAAGUUGGUGAUCGCAUCCUCACUAUCAACAGCUGGAGCACCAUGAGUGGCAGUGCAGAAGAAGCAAAUCAAAUCCUGAGACAAUCUACAAAUCCGCUCACGCUAACUGUCGAAUUUGAUGUCAUUGGUAAAUUUUUUUGA